CCAUCUCAUCCACUCGUUGCAUCCAUCCACCUCUCCCACAUCACCUCAAACAUGUCCGUCCCCACCACACAGCGCGAGUGGCGUAUAGAAAAGUUUGGCGGGCCCCAGAGCCUCAAGCUCGGCGACGGCCCAGUCCCAGCCAUUGGGGACACCGAGGUGCUGGUAAAGCUCCACGCCCUCUCGCUCAACUCGCGCGACCUGGCCGUCGCGACGGGCAAGUACAUCUUCGGCGCCAAGGAGGGCAUCGUGCCCCUCUCCGACGGCGCGGGCGAGGUCGCUGCUGUCGGCGCCAAAGUGCGCAAGUGGAAGAUCGGCGACCGCGUCGCGCCGCAGUUCGUCACCGGCUUCAUCUCGGGCGCGAUUGGGCCGUCCGACUUCUCCGGCUCGCUGGGCGGCGCGAACGACGGCCUCGCGCGGCAGUACGCCGCCGUCGCCGAGGAGGACCUCGUGCGGAUCCCCGAGGGCUGGAGCUACGAGGAGGCCGCGACCCUCCCCUGUGCGGCUGUGACGGCUUGGAACGCGCUCUUCGGCUUGGACGGACGCAAGGUCGGCCCCGGGCAGUGGGUGCUCACCCAGGGAACGGGCGGCGUGAGCGUCUUCGCUCUGCAGCUCGCCAAGAUUGCCGGCGCGCGUGUCGUCGCGACGACAUCGUCUGAAGCCAAGGCUGCGCGCCUGCGCGAGCUCGGCGCCGACGUCGUGAUCAACUAUGCCGAGAACCCCGCGUGGGGUGCGGCCGCGCGUGAGGCGACCGGUGGACGGGGGUUCGACCACAUUGUCGAGGUCGGCGGCACGGGCACGCUCGCGCAGAGCUACAAGGCCAUCAAGCCCGAGGGUGUCAUCUCUGUCAUCGGGCUCGUGGCGCGCAAGGAGCGCGGCAAGCCCGACGACACGCCCAACCUGCUCGCGACGCUCAUGAACUCGAGCAUCGUGCGCGGCAUCCAGGUCGGCUCGCGCGCGCAGCUCGAGCAGGUCGUCGCCGCGUUCGAGGGCGCCAAGGUCCACCCCGUCGUCGACGGCGGCAAGGCGUGGCGCUUCGACCAGCUCCCCGAGGCGUACGAGCACCUCAAGGGCUCGAAACACUUUGGCAAGGUCGUCGUGGCUGUCGACCACCUGUCCAGCAGGCUUUAGAGGCGGCGGCGGCGGCGUGAUGUCGGGGCUUGCUGUGUGUGUAGCCUAUGUAUACCUUUCAUGACCUAGGCCGAUGGUGUAGACUGG